AUGAUGGAAUACGGAAUAUGCCGAAAAGGCUUUGGGAAUCAUAUCAUAGUUAAAAAUUGGCUACAGUUCUCUAUUGGUUUUGCAGCAUGAUGGCUUGUAGGAUAUGGCUUUGCAUUCGGCGACCCAUAUCAUAAUGAAUUUAUAGGAAGACGCUUCUUUGGUGGUGACGAUUGGCUAAAGCAGCGAGAUAAACAUCAUGGAUCUUGUGCUUCCUUUUUUGGAUUGGCUGGGAUUUUUACAAUUUUUAUAGUGAAUUGUGCAAUAGCAGAAAAAGUCAAAUAUUUGGUAUACCCUUUUAUAGCGUUCGCAAUUAUGGCAUGGAUCUGGCCUGUUGUAGUAGCUUGGAAUUGGGGUGGAGGGUGGCUUUAUUCAGAAAUUAAAGAUGUCCCAAUGAUUGAUUUAGGAGGCACAAUCACAGUAUUUUUAUUUGCUGGGUCUAUUGCGUAUGUAGCUGCAAUACUUACAGGAAAAAGACUAGGAAGAUUCGAUCAGCGCACAGAGCAUUAUUUCUACAUGGAGAGCCAUGUUAUUUACGUAUUAGGUGCAACUUUAACUAUGCUCGGAAUUUUUGGCUUGACCAUUUCAUUAGCACCAACAAAUACUCAUCGAGGCAUAGGAGCCAUCAAUAGUUGAAUUUGUGGCUCAUUAUCAGCUAUAACUGCUUAUAUGUUAAUGACUAUGAGCAAGCAUGAUUUACAUACCCAUUAUAUAGCUAUUUACCAAGGAUUUAUAGCAGGACAAGUAAUGAUAGCCUCAUCAGCAUUUAAUUCAGCGGUAUGGCAGGCAGGUAUCGUAGGAGUUAUGUCUGGAGUUUGGUUUACGCUUUUUUAUACGAUAUUUAGAUGGAUGAGAAUUGAUGAUACUAUGAACGUAUCUGCAACUUUUGGAGCCCCUGCAUUUUUGGGAGGAUUUUUGCCAGGCUUUAUAACAGAUACUUAUGGAAUUUUUUGGCAAGAAUCAUCUGGCCAUAAUCUUGCUGCACAAGUUGUGGGAGUUUUUACUAUAAUGGGCUGGGCAAUGUUUUGGGCUAUUAUUGUGUUUUUGCUAUUAAGGGUUAUUGGGAUGCUGAUUUUAGAUGACGUAAUGCAAAAGGAAACCUUGGAAGGCACAGAAAUUGGAAUGAGUGGAUAUUAUGCUCCUGGGACAAGUGAAAAAGUGGCAAAUGCUGAUUAA